ACUCCGCCCAAUAAUGGCAUGUCGGACAACAGCUUAUCGGCGGAUCCCCGGGAUUUAAACCAUGGCCGCCCCUGACCAGAACGAUAAUCUCACCGACUUUUACUGUUCUCUCUGACAAGAUGCUUUUCAGCACUGCAACAGUGGCCAACCUCAUGGACCGGUCCGGUUAACUGUCUGCCGCUUAUUGUCGGUUCCCCUCCCAGCAUAGCCGAUCUCGCGUGAUCGUCUUUCUGUGACUGAACAACAUCGAUCGGUUUGACACCAUGGGUUGUUGACGGGUUGAUCCCGCUAUUCUAUACUAUCCUAAUCUUAUCCAUCAUAACCUGAUCAAUAAUCAUGGCGCGCAUCAAACAAGGCGUCUUUUCUUGGGAAGAUGUAUUGGCGCAGCGUUACCAGAACAACAAACCCUCCACCCCCAAUAGAUCACGACGACACAGCGCUCUCGGCACCUCCACCCGCACCGAAUGGACCCUCCAACCCCAAAGCAGCCUCCUCGCCAAGCUCUCGCCCGAACUCCGCCUCAUGAUCUGGGAAAUGGUCCUAGGCAAACGACGCAUUCAUAUCGUGCAACGUCCCAACCGUCAAAUGGGCCAUGUGGUGUGUCCACAAACCGACACCUGCGAUGUUUGUCGAGGCGGACUCCCUAUGAUAACCCCAUCGGGGAGAUGUAUUUUAUUGGCGUUGGCGAUGACAUGUAAACAAAUAUACUCCGAAUCCAUCCACCUCCUGUACACCCUCCCCAUCUUCGAAUUCAGCAACACCUGGUCCCUCACCUACCUUCGCGCCACCAUCCCAACUGAUUUCUGGGACUCGAUUCGCGAAGUCGAACUCCGCUGGGCAUUUCCGGGCCAUUGGCUCCCGUGCAAGGAUCCGGUCAAAACGGUGUAUUUUUCCGCGGGGAGACAGCAAUGGGUGGAGACUUGUCGGGCGGUCACGGGCAUGCAGGGGUUGCAGACGUUUACGUUGCAGUUGAGUGGGAGUUGGUUCUGUGAACCGGUGGAGAAAAUCCCGGUGUUUUUGGAACCGUUGCGGGGGUUGAAUCUACGACGAAGGUGGAUGGUGCAGUUGCCGAGACAACCGUAUUAUCUCAAGGAGAUACGCAAUGGGAGUAUUGAUGGGGAUUUGAGGAAAAGGGGGAUUGAGUGUUUGGUUAGGGUUAUGUGAUAUCUUGGUUAGUAUCUUGGCAGUGAUGGUAGGCUAUUCCAGGGGAUACUUUACAAGUAUAAGAUAAGUAUACCAUGAUGCCUUAAUAUCCACAUUCCCAGCUCAUAACAUCCAAGCAUUUUGCAAUACAAAC